ACUUAGUGGCCAUAUUUGUUUGUACCAGCGUGUGUAAAGCCGCAGUUUUAAUUUUGUGAACACCCAGAGAGAUCCUUGGUUGUAAGCAUGCCGCCAACAAUACAGUCUGGGAAAAGAGACGAUAAAGGUCGAAAGACACGAACCGGGGAAAGAAGAUCUGAUCUGAUAUGCCGUGUGAAAUACAACAAUGUACUUCCAGACCUGCCAUUUGAUCCGAAGUUUAUCACAUAUCCAUUUGAACAAAACAGGUUUGUUUCCUACAACCCAACCUCCCUUGAAAGGAAUACCAAAUCUGAAUUACUCACAGAGACAGACCUUGGUGUGUCCACAGAUCUCAUAAAUACAGAUAUAUACAAGGUUGACCCUUUAGAGCGUCUUGACAGUGAAGAUGAAAGGCUGCUGGAAGAGGAACUAUCAUCACAGUCUGAUUCUAAAAGGUCAAGACACCAUAAUAAAACAGUGUCAUGGCUCAGGAAAACAGAAUAUAUUUCUACAGAGUAUAACAGAUUCACACCUAAUGCAGAUAGACCAGAAAUGAGAGUUGGGUAUAACAUAAAGAAAUUGCUUAAGGAAGAAGACCUGUACAGAGAUAGAGAAAGUCAAAUUAAUGCUAUUGAAAAGACUUUUGAGGAUAACAAAACAGAGAUAACAAAGCAUUACAGUAAACCAGGUGUUUUAUCAAUCGAAGAAGUGCCUUUAUUCCCUGACUUUGAAAUGUGGAAAUUCCCAUGUGCCCAAGUUAUAUUUGACACAGACCCUGCACCAAAGGUAAAAGCUCUACCAGCUGUGACAGAGGAGAUGGCACAGGCAAUGAUCAGGGGUAUGGUGGAUGAGUCUGGGGACCAGUUUGUGGCUUACUUUCUACCUACAGAGGAAACCCUGAGUAAGAGAAAGCGUGAUGCUGAGGAAAAUGUGGAGUACACACCAGAAGAAGAGUAUGACUAUGUUCUAGCUAGGGAGUACAACUGGAAUGUGAAAAAUAAAGCAUCCAAGGGAUAUGAAGAAACAUACUUUUUUGUCUUCAAAGAAGAUGGAGUUUACUACAAUGAACUUGAAACAAGAGUGCGUCUCAGCAAAAGACGUAAAUUGACAGAAGGCCCAGCACCAACAAAUAAGUCCAGGCUGAUUGUUAAACACAGGCCAAUCAAUGAGCAAGAGUUGGCAGCACAGGAGGCCAGGCUGACCAUGCUGGAGCCACCAGGUGAGGAGGAAGAGUUGGAGCAGUUUGAGUUCAGGCCAGAUCAAGUUGGGGAAAGGAAAGAAGGCAGUGAUGUGGAAAACACCAAGGAGGAGAGUGGAGGAGAGAAGAGUGAGGAUGAGGAGGAGAAGCGUAGUGAGAAAUCUGGGGGCACUCGCAGUCGUAGUGGCAGCAGUAGUAGCAGCAGCAGUAGUGGGAGUGAUCAUGAAGGAAGUGGAAAGGGAAGUGGAAGUGAUGCUGGCAGUGGGAGUGAAAGUGAGGCAGAGAGCGAGGCAGGGAAGAAAGAUGAAGAGGAGAUAUUUGGCAGUGGGAGUGACAGUGAUUGAGGUCUGCUUUUCACUGAACAAUUGAAAUCUUAUUUAUAGAUAAAGAAAAUAAGACUUCACAAUUGAGUAUGACAGGUGACUUUUACAAUUUGGGAAAAAAUGACAAUUAAGUUCUCUCCUUUGCAGAACUUUUUGCAUAAGGGCUGUUGUUCCCUCUCCCCCAACUUAAAAUUCACAUUCAAUAAAUAUUUUAUAUUUGUACUUUA